GGAAGUGCAAUACUUUGCUAACUAUCUGGGCUGAACAAACAAUAUUUAUGGCAGUUGGGGAAUUCUGAACCUUUAAAUACAGCUGGGGAAAUGCUCUGAUUUAAAACAAAGAUUAUAGCUUUCUAAAUGUCUCUAUUAAUUUACGUUAGGGUUCAAAUUUAGGAAGCAGUAGAGAAAUACAACCCGUCCAAGAAAAUGUGGGAAGGAAAUUGGGAAUGGAUUUAGAUGUUAAGUGGGGUCAAAAGUUAAAAUGCAGGACCAAAGGAAGAAUUCCAUUCAUUCUUCUCCUUUUGCAGGGAAAGCAACUAUUUUUGAGGGAGAGGUGAAAAUACUGGGAUUGUUGUCCCUGCAGCAACAUCAGGAGGCUUUCCUUGGAGAAGUGCAGAAGACAGCUCCUACUAUGAAGCAACUCACAGAAGAAGCUAUAGAGCAGUACAUCCACAAUAAGGUGGAUGUCAGGCACCGAGUGGUAUCCAAAACCGUGGACGAAGUGCAAAAAAUUAUACACCGGCUAACCACAGAUAUUAGUAACAAGGACUCCCGUUUUCAGGGGAUCUCCAACUCUGGCAUUCAUAAUGAGAACAUGAAGGUAUUAGCACCCAACCAGUUCCUCAUCACCGUCCCCUUGCUUGGCCUGUCUGGAUACAAAGAGCGCCAGAUACGUCACUGGCGUUACUACACAGCACAUGGAGCCAGGCUCCUGUCUCCUGUCAGGGACCCAGAAGACCUGCAGCAGUGGCUGGAAGUUGAGCAGUUCUCCAAGAGCCUCCAACAAUGGCAUGAGAAAGAUGUGAACAUUGAAGGUGACCUUGUGCCGGCUAAAGUCCUCACUGUCUUCCGAGAACUUGUGGAGAAAUCCAUUGUAUCUUGCAAUCUAAUGGAUAAAAUUAGCAUUUUAGAAGGUUUCAGCUCGGUGGUUCGUGUUGCUGUCGAGACAUCUGAUUACCAGGUGGAGGUUGAACUGGCUCCAACUAUUGAGAUCCCAACCUGUUGGCCUCGAAAAAUCAAGUGGCCCCGAUGCUUCAGGCGCUGGCCUUGCCAGGAAAAAGUGCAGUGUGUUAAGUCAUUUGGCUUUGAUCUCUUGGCCUCUUCCAAUUACCACUGGGAUCUGAGUUUUUCACGCGCUCAGCGCAUACUGAUGGAGGGACUUGAUGAGGAUGGUGGUUGCCGUAUGAUGUGCUUCCGAGUCAUGAGGCAGAUGAAGGAAGAUUAUUGGUGUUCAGGAAACAAGCCAGUCCUCACGUCCUUUCACCUACAGAUGGUGCUUUUUUGGACCUGUGAGAAAUACCCUCACUCCAAAGACUGGUGCUGUUUCCGCACAGGCUUCCUACGGAUGGUUCAGAAGUUACACAAAUGUGUGAGCCAGCAUUUCCUGAAGCAUUACUUCAUCAAAGACACAAAUCUGCUCAAGUAUGCCAAUACAAAUGACCUGGACACGGUGGCUGGCAAGCUGUCUGUCUUCUUGGAGAACCCUGUGCUUCCCUUAGACUGA